UGUAAGAGGUUAUUUGAUAAAUGAAUGCGGACUGAAUCUGCUUGAGCUGUAAGUUGUAAGAACCACUUCAAGGAACGACAACAGUUAAGGAAAUCAACAACAAAUCUGCUUUAAAAUAGAUCGAUCCGGUUCCACCGAUGAACAAGAUGUGACAAAGUUAAAAAAGAAAAUAAAUCGACAGUUGACAGAUCCUUACAAAGCAUAACAGCAUAUCCCUUGAAAUUAUUAAUUUACCUUCAGAUACGCUCCGAGAAGUCAGAAAUCCAGUCGUCUUCUUUAAAAAGAGAAAACAAUGGAUACAACAGGGAAAGAGAGUAUUCAGAAAAGAUCUCCUUUGGAUCUGAUUAUGAACCAGCUUAGAAGGAAAACCUCUUUCACUGAGAAAAAGAAACCAGCUGUGGGCCGCUUCUUCCGCCCAUCCGAGAGCAGUGAAAAGAAAAAUGCGGGCAUACCUGAAAUGAAAGAACCAGAGUCCGGUGAGGGCAAAGACAGCACUGAACCUGGGACAGACACCAAUAACAUGGAUGAUGAGACCGGCUCUGUCGUGGGCUGGGGUCGGGUGAAGCAGUUUGUUCAGAAGCUGGGGAAAACCCCAAACAGUCAGAAUUUGAGCCUUAGCCACUGUGACCUGACAGCCACAGAUGUAGUGGAACUGGCCACCUUACUGCUUUUCCUGGCUCACCUGGAGGUGAUGGACCUCUCGUGGAAUGAUCUAGUUGGAGGCUCCCUAAAGGCUCUCACUGCCCACUUGCAGCAUAUAGGGAAACUGAGAGUGCUAAAACUGUGUAGCUGCAGGUUAACAGCCCAAGACCUUACUGCUCUUGGUGAAUCUCUUGAAUGCAUUCCUCUAAUAGAGGUGUUAGAUUUGUCCUGGAAUGUUGGCAUUGGUGUAGGAAAUUUCAGACACUUCACAGAACACCUCCACCCUGAGAGCACACUGAAAGAACUCCGCCUGGUGGACUGUCAGCUCUCUGAGGCAGAUGUUACAGCUCUGAGUGAGGCUCUUCCCAUGUUAACAAGUUUGGAGGAGUUAGAUCUUUCCAAUAACAAGCUCUUAAUCAAGGGAAUGGAGAAACUUACCUCCUCUCUGGGCUCCACUCCAAAGCUGAAGACCCUAAAACUAAGCAUGUGUGGACUCAAUAAAGACAGCCUCAGUAUCCUGGGUCAGGCUCUCAGAUUCAUUCCUGCUUUGGAGCACUUAGAUCUGUCCUGUAACAAGGAAACCGGUGGAGGUCUUACAACGUUGGCUAUUAACAUGACUCUCCUCACAAACUUGAAAAGUCUGGACAUGCAUUUGUGCUGUUUAACAGAGGAGGAUAUACUGGCUCUAGUCCAGGUAGCUCCAUCUUUCAAAGAACUCAGAGAGCUGGAUUUGUCCUCCAAUAAAAGUGUUGGAGAUACACUCCAGAAUCUUCUCCAUACCAUUCCUCUCUCACAGAUGACCAAACUUCCACUCAACAACUGUGCUUUGAGCAUAUCCACAUGCCAAGCUCUUGCUACCGCAAUGCCGUCACUGAAACAGCUUGAAAGUCUGAACUUGUCAUGGAACAAGUGUGUGGGGGAAAAUCUAAGGCAAUUCCUGGAGCCUUUGCAACAUGACUGCAAACUACAGGAACUGAGGCUCAGUAGCUGUAAUUUAACAACCGAGGAUGUGCUACACUUAGAAUCUGCAUGUCAACGUGGAGCUCUAUCUCAGCUAAAGCAUUUAGACCUGUCCUAUAACAGUAGCAUUGGAGAUGGAGGUUGGAGGUCUCUUUUUGGAAAGGCUGCUGGUCUAAAGGGACUUGAGGAGCUGGAUGUUAGUCUUCGUCCCGCUGCAUCGCUCUCUCUGUCCCCCUGCAUACCUGCGUUGUUAGAAGCUCUUCCACACCUCUCCUCCCUUGCCCGGCUGUCACUGCAGCAUUGGUCUCUCACUUUAGCGGAGAGAGAGAAACUGGAAAAAACUCUUAGUAAAAAAAAUAUAAUCCUGGAAUGUGACAGACUGGCCACGCUCACAUCAAAGGCAGCAGGGUAAAGAGAAGCAUUCAGCGGUUUGAAGGUUUAUGACUUCCAAGUUACUAAAGUUGCAAAUCAAGAUGUUACUUGAAAUGAGGUCUUAAAUGACAGGCAUUCAGAACCAUGUAUGUUUUUGUGAUUACAUUUUUAUGUUCAUUUUCUGUUGCACUUUGACCUGUUUUCAUGUGGGUUAGAUAUACAUUUUUUUUUUUUUUUUUUUUUCAAUUUUAAAGUUUUUAAAAAUGCAUUCCUAGAUUUUUUAUAUCACAAAUGAUCAUAUAAAUUAGCAAUAUCACACGAUCCAUUUGAAAAUUAAAAUCUAACCCAACACAGCAUAGUGUGUGCACAGGAUUUCUUGUUGGACAAGUAUUUAGAUUUACAGUGUUCAUUUCAAGUAAUUAUCUAAUGUUCAUUGGAUUCUUUUACACUUUUUACUAUGAAAAUAUCCUUUUAGACUGAACUUACAAAAUGUGAUGCCCAGCAUAGUCAAGACUAAGUGUGAGAGCAAAUAAUUUACAUAAAUUAUGUGUUAAUCACAAUGCGUCAUAGCAGUCUGUGACAUUUCCAAAACACUAGACAAAUGGACACAGAGGUGCUGUAAUUAAAAACAAUAAACAUGAUUAAUUUUAAUAAAACCAAAUGUGAUGAGUACUGUGCAAUAUUUUGCCUGCAAACU